AUGCAGCGAGCCCCGACCCUCGUGCUCUGCAGCUACCGCCAGCUCGCCGCCCCUCCCGCCCGCGCCUUCUCGACCUGCUCCCGCCUCUCGUCUCGAGCGUCCAAGGACCGCCGCGUCAAGUGGACCCCGCCCGCCGCUCAAGCCACCACGAGCCCCGGCCAAGCAGGCACCGACGCCGCACGGUCCGGCGCAGCGAGCGGCGGGCUCUUCGAGGGCGAGCCCGUCGAGGACAAGGUCGGCGAGAUCACGCCCGAGGUCAUCGAGCGCGAGAUGCUCGACGUCCAGCACGAGGUGCGCCAGCAGGUUGGCGGCCGCGACCGCGAGAACCUUGCCGGCACCGACGUCGGAGGAGGCGGUGGGCCGUCGGCAUCAUCAGCGUCGUCGUCGAGCAGCCGCGCCGAGCAGGAGCCCGUCGUCGAGGGCGAGGGCGAGCUCGUCUACACGGCCACGCCGCCGUUCAACGUGCCGCUCAUGCUGUCGGUCUCGUUCGUCAUGUCGGUCUUCUGCCUCGCGUGCGCCGACUUUGCGCGGGUCGGCGUCGAGCAGUACGACGAGGAGACGGGCACCUACGAGGUCACGCCCGCCUGGAAGCGGUACACGCUCGCCGGCGGUGCCGCGAGCGUCGGCGUCGGCAUUGCCGUCUGGGGCUCGCUCGCGCCGACUCGGCUCAUCAGCAAGAUGACGCUGCACCGCACGGCGUCGUCGCUCCACUCGCCUUUGCCGUUCCCUCGCGACUCGCUCAUCGUCCUCGAGAACCCGUUGAGCCCGCUCCUGCGCAAGCUCGGCCAAAAGCCGCGAGCCGUCCCGCUCUCGCGCAUCCGCCUCCUUGGCCCCAUCUCGGCGUCGGCCAAGCCCUAUCACCCGCUCAUGCAGGCGCCCAAGAGCAAGCGACCCGGUCGCAUCGCGACCCUCCUCGGCCCCCUGCGCGACAAGUUCAUCGCGCCCUCGUCGCCCGUCAAGGCGCAGCCGACGCCCUGGAACAACAAGCGCCUGUCGCACUCGCCGUUCGUCAUCGAGGGCGACCGCGCGAGCUACUCGCUCGCCGUCAAGCGUGCGCCCGAGCCGUUCAGCGACAAGGGCGCGUGGUGCAAGGACUGGGACGCGCUCGAGCGGGCGCUGCUCGGCGUCGACGAGACCAAGUGGACCAAGCGGUAGAGUCGGAGCAGGGCGAGCGGGUGCAACUCUGUGCCGGCCGCGUCGAGAUA